UUAAGUACAAUGAUUUCCCUAAUUAUUAACAGCUGAUUACUCAACUAGUUGAGCAUUUUCAAAGCUAAGAAAAUUAUGAUUAAAUUAUUUAUUAGUACUAUGAGAUAUUGCUCAACAAGACCUAUUAAAAUACCUGCAAAUUCUUAUCUUACAAAAAAAACAAUCGAUGAACCGAAGUCUAUAAAGUCCACUAUAACUAUUGCGGAUGAUAAAGAAGAUAUUACUUGUUUAUCUGGGGUCCCAUUAGAGCAGGAAGAAAGAUUUGUUAGAAUUUAUGUGCCUACAAGAAAUACCAUGCAAUCUGGUACUAAUAAUACUCAUAAAUGGAAGAUUCAAUUUGAUAAUCAAGAAAGAUGGGAAAAUCCAUUGAUGGGUUGGACUUCAUCAGCUGAUCCUUUUUCAAAUAUUGAUGGCACAUUGGAGUUUGGGUCAAAAGAAGAUGCUGUUAUAUAUUGCGAAAAAAAUAGAUAUAAUUAUGUGAUUGAAGAGAAAAGAGAUAAAAAAAUUAUACCAAAAUCGUAUGCAACUAUUUUUUCAUGGAAUAAAAGAACACGAUCUUCCACUAAAUAAAACCAUCAUAAUUUAGAUAAAUCUUAAUAUGCUUUAAAGAAUCAUUCAGUGUACCUUUUAUUAUAAAUUUUUUUGGUGAAUAAUAUAUACAUGAAAUAUAAUAAUUAAUCUAAAUAUUUAAUUAUUUUGGUGGAAUUUAUACUUUUUAAAGCCAUUUUUACUCACAGUUAACACUUAUUUUUUUGUUAAUAUUAGCAAUAUGAUAAUCUGUUAACAUAACAGCUAUUUUAUUUUGCACUUCUUUAUUAUUUCCUACUAAUACACUAUUCUUAAAUUGA